AACGUCCACUUUCUCUAUAAAUACUCCUGCCUGCCUAUUGCCUAGCUAGCUCCUUAACCACAUCUCCCUUCUCAGUUCUCACUCUUCUCUUCAGUUCAUUGAUUUUCCUGCCAAACAUAAUGCAUUUCCGACUGCAAUCACAUGCAUUUUUUUUGCUUGCUUUUCUAGCAUUUUAUGCAUCAAGUUGCGAGCAAGAGGACUACUGGAGGAUGAAGUUACCAAAAGUCCCCAUGCCGCAAGCUAUCAAGGAAAAUCUACUCCACGGUAAUGCUAUUGAGCCAAUUACAAUAAACACCAAGGAGAAAAUGGCUAAUUUCGACAAGCCUUACACCGCCAAGAAUGAUAAAGUUGUUGCUAGUGAAAACCAACCUUGGACUGUUGCUGCUUGGCGUUACAAUCCAGACACUGAUGCUACUGCAGUUGAGCCAGUUAGUCAUGAUGUGGCCAACACCAACGUCGUCACUACCAAGAAGGAUAAAACUGUUGCUAGUGAAAAUCAGCCUUGGACUGUUUCUGCUUGGCGUUACAAUCCAAAAACUGGUGCGAAUGAAGUUGAGCCAGUUAGUCAUGAUGUGGCCACCACCAACGCCUUCACCACCAAGAAGGAUAAAACUGUUGCUAGUGAAAAUCAGCCUUGGACUGUUUCUGCUUGGCGUUACAAUUCAGAAACUGAUGCUAAUGCAGUUGAGCCAGUUAGUCAUGAUGUGGCCACCACCAACGCUGUCACCACCAAGAAGGAUAAAACUGUUGCUAGUGAAAAUCAGCCUUGGACUGUUUCUGCUUGGCGUUACAAUCCAAAAACUGGUGCGAAUGAAGUUGAGCCAGUUAGUCAUGAUGUGGCCACCACCAACGCCUUCACCACCAAGAAGGAUAAAACUAUUGCUAGUGAAAAUCAACCUUGGACUGUUUCUGCUUGGCGUUACAAUCCAGAAACUGAUGCUAAUGCAGUUGAGCCAGUUAGUCAUGAUGUGGCCACCACCAACGCCGUCACCAUCAAGAAGGAUAAAACUAUUGCUAUUGAAAAUCAGCCUUGGACUAUUUCUGCUUGGCGUUACAAUCCAGAAACUGUAGCUAAUGCAGUUGAGCCAGUUAGUCAUGAUGUGGCCACCACCAACGCCGUCACCAUCAAGAAGGAUAAAAUUGUUGCUAGUGAAAAUCAGCCUUGGACUGUUUCUGCUUGGCGUUACAAUCCAGAAACUGAUGCUAAUGUAGUUGAGCCAGUUAGUCAUGAUGUGGCCACCACCAACGCUGUCACCACCAAGAAGGAUAAAACUGUUGCUAGUGAAAAUCAGCCUUGGACUGUUUCUGCUUGGCGUUACAAUUCAGAAACUGAUGCUAAUGCAGUUGAGCCAGUUAGUCAUGAUGUGGCCACCACCAACGUUGUCACCACCAAGAAGGAUAAAAUUGCUGCUAGUGAAAAUCAGCCUUGGACUGUUUCUGCAUGGCGUUACAAUCCAGAAACUGAUGCUAAUGCAGUUGAGCCAGUUAGUCAUGAUGUGGCCACCACCAACGUCGUCACCACCAAGAAGGAUAAAACUUUUGCUAGUGAAAAUCAGCCUUGGACUGUUUCCGCUUGGCGUUACAAUCCAGACACUAAUGCUAAUGCAGUUGAGCCAGUUAGUGAUGCGGCCACCACCAACACUGUCACCACCAAGAAGGAUAAAACUGUUGCUAGUGAAAAUCAGCCUUGGACUGUUGCUGCUUGGCGUUACAAUCCAGACAACAUCAAUGAGAAAAAUUCUAUAAAAGCUUCACAUAAUCAUCAUCAUUUCAUACACAAUGCAAACUCAAAGGAUUCUGAGGUGAAGGAAGAAAACUUAGGCGGGUCAGUAUUUUUCGUGGAGGAAAGUUUGCGUCUUGGAAUGAAGUUGAAGCAUGAUUUUCAAAAGACUAAAAAACGUCCUUGUUUGCCGAAAAAAAUUGCUCAAUCUAUCCCUUUUUCAGUAGAUAAAGUUGCAGAAAUUCUUAACUUGUUUUCGAUAAAGUCUGAAUCUGCAGAAGCAACAGCGAUAAGGGAGACUCUUGGUAUAUGUUUGCAAAGACCAAAGGUGAAGAAAGAAAAUAGGACUUGUGCACAAUCCAUGGAGGAUAUUGUAGAUUUUGUUGUAAAGGAGUUAGGGACAAAUGAUGUUCAAUUAAGAAUGAUGAGGAACAACAUUGAGGUAGCUCAUGGCAUACAAGAUUAUGUGGUAACAAAGGUGAAGAAGUUGGUUGUACCAGGCAAUACAGCAGCAGCAUGCCAUAGGAUGGUCUACCCUUAUGUUGUGUACUAUUGUCACCACCAACAAGACAUUGGUCAUUACGACAUCACUUUAGUUAGCCCAACCUCCGGUAACGCCAUCCAGACCACCGCCGUUUGUCACUACGACACAUACGCUUGGCAACCAGAUGUCGAAGCCCUUCGAUACCUCGGAAUCCGUCCGGGCGAUGCCCCAGUUUGUCACUUCUCUGCCAUUAACGACAUGUUUUGGAGUAUCAAACCAACUCACUCCAAGUAUCUCGACAUGGCUCAGUAAAGAGAGUCAUAUAAUCAUAUGAGUCAUGACGUUGUUUCUAUGCUAUCCUACUUGUAUCUUGUAACAUAAAUAAAAGCCUGGUUUGCAGGUUGAUGGUACAUGGUAUUAUUAUCCAAUAUCCAUGCAAGCUACCUGCGUUGUUGACUCUAUUUGUAUAAUUAAAUCAUUUCAUAUGAA